AUGGGGAAGUACUGGUGUAAAAACUGUAAGAUUUUUGUGGAUGAUUCAAAAUUGCAAAGAAGAAAUCAUGAGUUGUCGAAUAAACACCAAAGAAAUAUUCAAAAACUGAUUUCGGAUCUACAUCUGAAAAAUAUCAAAGAACACAAAAUUAACAAGCCAAAGACUUGUAGAAUUGAGAAGAGUGAGAAUAAGAAUGCCAUCAAGAUAAAAAUCGACAAGGAGUUGAAGAGCUCAACAAAAAGCCAUGCCAAUGAAGAAAAAGUGAAAGAAGCUGUGAUUGGCGCAUGGGAAGAAGUGCAGAGUACUCGAGAGCGAGAAAACAAAAAAGGAGAUGGAAGUGAGGAUGUUGCUGGCGAUGGUGCUCCAGAUGCCAGCUUUGUCUUGCAAGACAGUGCAAAGAGCUUGGACGAGUUGGCAAAUUGGGAUUUGACAGUUAAUAGAAAGAUCACUCUUGCCACUGUAGGAAAAGAAGCACCCAACGUUGCCCCGUUGUUCAAAAAGAGAAAGACAAGAAGCAGGACGAGGAAAUAG